AUGGAGAGAGGAAUGACCUUUCAUCAGCCCGCGAUCGACGACAUUCUCAUCGACAAAAUGGCGGACGACGGCAUGAUUCUCAAUUUUGACCUGGGGACUGGUCCUUUAAAGCCUCAGGUCAAGAUUCAAGGAGGUCGCUGGCGCGACAGAGUGAAGGCACAGAGAAUCGCAAAGGGCGUGGACAAACGCCCUUCAUCGCCUUCUUCAGAUGCUGCCCCGCCUCCACAGAGAUACACACCCGCGUCCAGGAAACCUCAACGAGACCGCCCCAGCGACGAGGACGGUGCUUAUGGGCGCCCAGCGAAGCGGCCAAGAGCUGAGCCUCCACGGCCGAGCGCUUAUCAAACUGGCAAGCUGCCGCCCGGCAGCAUCUCGACUGGAGGCAAACCGAGAGACGGCCAAGUCACUUCGAAGCUUUUCUCAUUCAACCCGACACCCAAGACAGUCUUUGACGAGCCUAACGAUGGUGAGAAGGUUGAGGAAGUGGCGCAAGAGCCUUCAAACGCCCCCUUAUCGGACGAGGCUGCCAGCUUUCACGCCCUCGGUAUCUCAAGACGCCUCGCCCUGACCUUGUCUGGCAAGAUCCAGCUCAAAGCGCCCACUGCUAUUCAGGCCAAAGUCAUUCCACAACUGAUCAAGGAAGAUAGCGAUGCGUUUGUGCAGGCGCAAACGGGUUCCGGAAAGACGCUGGCUUACCUGCUUCCUAUCCUCCAGCGGAUCCUUUCCGUUGAGGGACAGAUCAAGAGAGACUCGGGCCUGUUUGCCAUUGUUCUGGCACCCACCCGCGAACUUUGCAGACAGAUUGAUGUCGUUCUUGCCAAGAUUCUCCCACCAUACCUCGUCAGCACGACGGUCAUCGGUGGUGAAAGCAAACACUCCGAGAAGAGCCGCCUACGUAAGGGUGUUAACAUUCUCAUCGCAACACCCGGUCGCUUGAGCGAUCACCUUCAAAACACCAAGAGUCUUGAUGUUGGCACUGUCAGAUGGCUGGUUCUCGACGAAGGUGAUCGUCUGAUGGAGAUGGGUUUCGAGGCGGAGCUGCGCACCAUUGUCGGCAAAAUUCGCGAAGGAGGUCUAUCGGACACAACCGCGAACGGAGUCUCACUUGCCGGCCUGCCGACACGACGUGUUACCGUUCUCUGCUCAGCUACGAUGAAGAUGAAUGUGCAGAAACUUGGCGAGAUCAGUCUCGAGGAUGCUGUGCACAUUACCACGUCAGAAGAGGAACAGGAUGGAGCAGAGGAGGUUAAGUUCGAGGCGCCGGCGCAGCUGAAACAGAAUUAUGUCAUUGUUCCCGCCAAGUUACGACUGGUCACACUCAUCUCACUCCUCAAAUCGACCUUUUCGCGUAAGGGAUCGGUGAUGAAGGCAAUCAUCUUCCUUGCUUGUGCCGACUCGGUCGACUUCCACUUCGACCUCUUGCGCAAACCGCAGCCUGACGACGAGAAACCAUCAGGCAACCCUUCGCAAACAGCCAACACUGUUGCCCCUGCAGCAUACAUCACCUCGCCCGCCAACACCAACAUCGUUCUCCACAGACUCCACGGCUCUCUUCCCCAACCUGUUCGAACAGCGACCUUGGCAUCCUACAGCAACUGCAAGGACCCGGCAGUCCUCAUCACCACCGACAUUGCAUCUCGUGGUCUCGAUGUGCCUUCCGUCGAACUUGUCGUCGAGUACGACCCGGCUUUUGCCGCUGCCGACCACGUUCACCGUAUUGGUCGUACUGCCCGUGCUGGCCGUCCCGGAAAGGCUGUUCUCUUCCUGAUGCCUGGAUGCGAAGAAGGAUAUAUCGAGCACCUGAAGGCUAAGAAUGCUUCUCCUCCCAAACCUGAACUCUACGACACCGUCCUCCAGCGCGGAUUGACGACACCAAUGGACUUUCCUGUUGAGACAGACGCCAAGCCUCUCCCCGCAACAGACAAGAGCUUCAACGCUCGCGCCGAGAAUCUGCAACUCCACCUUGAACAACGCCUUCUCCUGUUUCCGGCGAAGAAUCUCCUCGACGAGGCUCGCAAGGCUUUCCGCUCCCAUAUCAGGGCUUACGCUACGCACGUUAAAGAGGAACGUGUGUACUUUGACAUCACUGAGCUCCACCUGGGUCACAUGGCCAAGGCUUAUGGCCUGCGUGAGGCGCCAUCUGGUGUCGGACGUGGCGGCCACGACAGCAAGAAGGCCGUUAUGAAGCAGAAGGCUGCCAACAAGCGGGGCGAGAAGAAGUCAAGCAACGCCAUGGAGGAUAUCAACACUGCUGGGGGUGCCGAGGCGAACGAGAUGGAGAAGAGAAUGAAGAUGAAGAUGAGGGCAGUGAUGAACUCUGCCAGCGAAUUCAACCUUGGUUGA